CUCUCCCCGGACCUACACAGGUCCUGGUUCCUGCAGACGUCACUGGUCGAUGGUCUUUGUUUUCUCUCCACCUCCCGGAGGAGGAAUACAAGUUUAUCCUGCAGCCAGGGACGGGACGGUCGGGCUCCUCCGCCGCUGCUCUCCUCCGUCCGUGGGCGUGCAACUCGACUUUCUGUCCUGUAUGGUGGACGUCUUGCUCAACACUUCUUUCUUGGAUGAUAUGGGGGAUCGUUCAAAAAAGAAGUCGGGAAUCGCAAUGUGCGUGGGGUGUGGAAGUCAGAUACACGACCAGUACAUCCUGAGAGUUUCCCCGGACCUGGAGUGGCAUGCAGCCUGCCUCAAGUGUGCAGAGUGCAACCAGUAUCUGGAUGAGACGUGCACUUGCUUCGUCCGGGACGGAAAGACUUACUGUAAAAGAGAUUAUGCAAGAUUGUUUGGCAUCAAAUGUGCAAAAUGUGACUUGGGCUUCUGCAGCAGCGACCUGGUGAUGAGGGCCCGAGGCAAUGUGUAUCACAUGGAGUGUUUUCGGUGCUCGGUGUGCAGCCGACACCUCCUGCCGGGGGAUGAGUUCUCGCUUCGGGACGACGAGCUUCUGUGUCAGGCCGAUCACGGCUUGUUGGUGGAUCGGUCCUCUGCAGGAAGCCCGCUUAGUCCCGGGAACAUUCACACCAGACCGCUGCACAUUGCUGAUUCCAUUUCGGUCCGGCACCCACCUCACCACCGGAACCACGUCCACAAGCAGUCCGAAAAGACCACCCGUGUCCGGACGGUGCUCAACGAGAAGCAGCUGCACACGCUGCGGACAUGCUACAACGCCAACCCGAGGCCGGACGCCCUGAUGAAGGAGCAGCUGGUGGAGAUGACCGGCCUGAGCCCCAGGGUGAUCCGGGUCUGGUUCCAGAACAAGCGCUGCAAGGACAAGAAGAAGUCCAUUCUGAUGAAGCAGCUUCAGCAACAGCAGCAGAGCGACAAAACCAAUCUGCAGGGCCUGACAGGCACUCCUCUGGUGGCUGGGAGUCCGAUCCGGCACGACAACGCCGUGCAGGGGAAUCCAGUGGAGGUGCAGACCUACCAGCCUCCCUGGAAAAGCCUCAGCGACUUUGCCCUGCAGACCGACUUGGACCAGCCUGCUUUCCAGCAACUGGUUUCUUUCUCUGAGUCGGGCUCUUUGGGAAACUCCUCGGGCAGCGACGUGACCUCCCUGUCGUCUCAACUACCGGACACACCGAACAGCAUGGUUCCGAGUCCCGUCGACACGUGAGGAGGCGUCGGGGUCAGCUGGAGGGCCCCCUUCCCCAACACCCGAAGCUCUCAGCCUCACCAUCCAAUCAAGGAAGCGCAGAAAGAUCCCGUUGACAUUACAUGGACCAGGAUGGAUUAUGCUGCAGGAUAGAUUCGCGCAGGUCCAAACUGGGAGGACGGGAAGUCUGACUGCAUCCUGGAUACACAGCUGUAGAUGAACACGGGGGGCUUUCCUCCUGUAAAGAAAAGCAAAACAAAAAAAAA